AUGGGCCACCUCACCUCCCUUCUAAAAGCCUUCAGGAACCGGGUUUCCGGUCGUCCUGGGGGUGAAUACGUUAACUCUCCCUUAUCGGUCAAAAACCAGGUUUCCGAUAGCUCUGAGGGUGAAUGCGUCCACUCUCCUCAGUCAGCCGAGAACCAGGUUUCCAACGAACCUGGGGGUGAAUACGUCUACUCUCCUCUGCCAGGGCCUAUCUAUAUUCGCUUGCUGCGUCUAAUGCCACAGCAAGACAAGGAUGCCCCUUUGCAAUGCCAGCUCUUCGAGUAUCCCUUGCGGGGGGCUCGUCAAAGAGUACACAUGUACGAAGCCUUGUCGUAUGUUUGGGGCUCUGAGGAAGACCAAAAGUUCAUCUACAUCCGGACCGACGACAAAAGCGACAGGUCUUCUCCCUCUCCUGUCGCUGGAAACAGCCGUCGUUUGCUUGUGACGGCUAAUCUUCAUGAUGCCCUUUCACAUCUUCGAGAUGGGCUCCUCGAACGGAUCCUGUGGAUAGAUGCCAUUUGCAUCAACCAGAGAGACAAGGUUGAAAAGGGAGUGCAGGUACAGUCCAUGGCCGAAAUAUACGCGAAUGCCAACCGCGUCAUCGUCUGGCUCGGAGAGGCCACAAGUGAUAGCGGCCGAGCUUUUGAAACACUUCGCAACGCCGCUAGAUACCAGCACACACACCACGACAUCGAUGAGCCGACCCGGCAAGCAAUCUUCACUCUACUCGAACGGCCAUGGUUCCAACGCAUUUGGGUUGUUCAAGAGGCUGCGGCAGCCCGGCAUAUCCUGAUGAAGUGUGGUCCUGAUGAAGCGGAUGGAAAGUGUGCGGCGAAUCCGGCAGAACGGGGGCGCGGGUCUCUCAACACACCUUCCCGGCCUCUGCACAAACCAAUCCGCCCCGGCGAUGCUGUUUGUCUUCUACAAGGAGCAUCGGCGCCCACCAUCAUAAGGUUGCACAAGGCGUAUACGACAAUCAUCAGAAAUACAAUUCCCCCGGAAGAGACAAUUCGAGAGCGCGUGGCAGCUCUACGAUCUGGCCCAACAGUCCCAACGGAUUUCGUCAUAAUCUGGGACUGGGACGCACCCCAACACAAUUCACAAGAUGAAAACUAUGAGUCCUUCAUCAGCAGCCGAUGCCCUGCCCCGCGACCUUGGACAGAGUCGCAAGACUACCUCGUCAAAGCCACGAGAUCAUGGAAUUUCGGAAUAUUGCUGAACGGACUUGAAAGAUACGAAGACGCGUGGAUAUAUUUCCAAAAGGCUGUCGAGGAGCAUGUCACGGCAUUGAGGGGCAUGCGCACACCGGCCCAGGACGUUUGGAUGACGGACGAAGAGGAGCUGAUGGCGAUGAAUCGUUUAGUCAUUUGGGGGGCUAAGAACUUUCACAAUCAUUCGCCACUAUCUCUGGCUGCUGCUAAGGGACAUGAGAGGCUUGUCAAAUUCCUGCUUGAUAAAGGCGCCACUGUUGACGGCACCGAUUUGGAUGUGCAGCGUGGCGACCAUACGGACGCAAUGGUGGCAGCCUGUUCAAAUGGCCAUGACAAGGUCGUUCAGAUGCUGGUCGACAGGGGUGCCAGUGUAAAUGCAGCGCGUGGCGCCUCUGGUAAUGCACUUCGGGCUGCUGCUAUUAGGGGUCAUGACAAAGUCGUUCAGCUACUACUCGAGAAAGGUGCUAAUGUAAAGGCCAGGUUUGGAGAGACUAACCUUGAACUUCAGGCUGCUGCUCUUGAGGGCCACGACAUGGUCGUUCAGAUACUACUUGAGAAAGGUGCCGAUGUAGCGGUAGGGGUUGGCAGAUCGGGUGCAGCAAUUCGGGCUGCUGUUCGGAACGCUGAGCUUGAGGUAGACGAGCUUGAGAGAUUGCUGGACGAACUGGACAGGAGGGCCGGAAUAUCUACGCCAGAGUUCCGUUCUCGUAGGAGGACGUGA